AACUCUUCCCCUGCCCAUGAGUCUCCCUCAGUAUAUAAGUGGAAGCUGAUUUUACCUUCACAUACACUGAGUUGUUCAGCCUCCUCAGCAGCUCAGAGGAAAAGGGCGGUGUUCUCCUGGAUAGACAUUGUGUGCAGUUCUACAAGCCAGUAAGAGCCAUGUCUACUCCUGAGACUAGACCCCAGCACUCUCAAGCCACUCACACGGGACGCAGCAACAUUCCUUCUGUGAGCUCCAAUGCUGAAGGCGAAGACAUCCCAGAGUUUGAACCUUUUGGGCUUCAUCCUCGGGGACGGCCUAAUCUCAGAGAUUUCCUGGAUGUGUGGGACAUGAACAUGCUGAAAACAAGAGAUGAGAUCAACAAAAAAGAACACCGGACACACUUGUAUAAUAAUGACAACCUGAUUGUGCGGCGAGGCCAGCAGUUCCAGAUCAAGAUAACAUUCAACCGCGAAUACAACCCUGCAAAGGAUAAGUUUUGGGUUGAGUUUCUUAUUGGUCGUUAUCCACAAGGAAACAAAGGCACCUAUGUCGCCGUCUCCCCAAACCAAGAUCAAACUGAUGGACAAUGGGGAGCAAGAGUGCUGGGGAGUGAAGGCAGCAUUGUCACUCUGGGCAUCACCCCAGCUCCAGAUUGCAUUGUGGGGAAGUUCAGACUGUAUGUUGCAGUUAUGACCCCGUAUGGCAUCCGAAGAACGAGAAGGGACCCACAAACAGAUACCUACAUCUUAUUCAAUCCAUGGGCUCCAGAUGAUUCAGUGUAUAUGGGCAAAGACGGGGAAAUUGAAGAAUAUGUCCUGAAUGAAGCGGGCAUUAUUUACUUUGGGGAAGCCAGUGAGGUGGAGAGCAGGCCUUGGAAUUUUGGACAGUUUGAAUAUGGAGUUUUGGAUGCCUGUCUCUUCAUAAUGGACAAAGCUCAGAUGCCUCUCACUGGAAGGGGGAACCCUGUCAAAGUCAGCCGGGUAGCCUCUGCAAUGGUGAACGCAAAAGAUGAUGAUGGAGUUAUUGUGGGUAACUGGAGUGGAGACUACCUCUAUGGCGUUGCCCCAACAGCCUGGACAGGCAGUGUGGAAAUUCUGCUAAACUAUGCCAGUGGUGGUAUGCCAGUGUGCUAUGGACAGUGUUGGGUCUUCGCUGCAGUCUUCAAUACCUUCCUGCGCUGCCUUGGGAUACCUGCGCGGGUUGUAACCAACUUCUUCUCAGCUCACGACAACGACGGGAAUUUAAAAACGGAUGCCAUUGUGGAUGAAGAUGGGAAACUAGACAGAAAUCUAACUAAGGAUUCUGUUUGGAACUAUCACUGUUGGAAUGAGUGCUGGAUGACUAGAUCAGACCUUCCAGAAGGUUUUGGAGGCUGGCAGGCUGUGGAUGCAACUCCCCAGGAAACAAGUGAUGGGAUGUACAGAUGUGGUCCAGCUUCUGUCCAUGCUAUCAAACAAGGAAGAGUAUACCUUCCUUUUGAUACACCAUUUGUUUUUGCUGAGGUUAACAGUGAUGUUGUUUAUUGGAAAAGGAAGAAGGAUGGGACUCAGGAAGUUGUAAAAGUGGACCCACAUCACAUGGGAAAGAUGAUAUUGACCAAGGAAGUUGGCCGAGAUGAGAGCAAAGACGUUACUGAUCUGUACAAAUUCCCUGAAGGAAGUGAAGAGGAGAGGCUGGCCACAGAAGCUGCUGUGGCAUACGGCUUAAAAAAAGCAGAAAUCGAAGCCCCAGUGACAGAGGUGGACAUUGCCGUGAACGUGCAGGAUGUGCAGCUUGGCAGUGACUUCAUUCUCGCUCUAGAAUUCAAGAAUAAAACUCCACAUCCCCGUACCAUGGUCAUCCACGUCAGCGGCAACAUUGUGUACUACACUGGAGUCACCCAUGCUGAAUUCAAGUCUCUGACAAAGCAGGUGACUGUGAAGCCUGGGGAAACAAAGACAGUGGAUGUGGAGGUGAAGUCACAGGAAUAUCUCAGCCACUUGGUAGAACAAGCCAUGCUGAACUUCUUCAUCACAGGCCGCGUCAAUGAGACCAACCAGAUUCUUACAGCCCAGCGUGUCCUCACUCUGCAGGUUCCCAAAUUGACAGUUAAGGUAUCUGGCAUACCCAGAGUGAAUGAGCAGAUGUUUGUCACUGUGGAAUUCACAAAUCCCGUGAAGUUCAACUUGGACAACGUGAAUAUGCGCAUGGAGGGAGCCGGACUUCUGAGAACCAAAGUGAAGAACUACAGCAUAAUCCCUCCAAAUUCCUCACUGACGUGGACAGAGUCCUUCGUUCCAAGCAGACCAGGCCGAAGCAAGAUUAUCGUUAGCCUGGAUUGUAAUACUCUUCGUCAAGUGUAUGGGCAAGCUGAACUCAGCAUUGAUCCCUGAAGAUAAUACACAAUGAACCUAUACGAAAAAGAUUUAGCUCUUUUUUAAAAAAAAGUGAUUCAUUCCCUCUUGAUUUUAUACCAUAUAAAACAAUGAUAAGAAAUUAUAAGAAAAACAUAAUAUUUUAGGAAUACUGCCAAUCAUUAGUGAAAAAUAAAUGGUUGUUUUUUUCUUCUCAUAUACUGUAGUUAUUCAUAUUAAAUGAGUAAAGUAAUGAUGUAUCAUGUUAAAUAACAUUAUUCAUGUCAUAUCCAAAACAGUCACUGAAUAACUUUUCAAUCUUAAAGCCUAUAACAACAAAUAAUGAUGAGUGAAUCGUAAUGAAUGCUUCAAUUUUUCCUAGAAAACAUACAGUAUGUCCAAAUUUCCCCUUUACAUCUUUCACAAUAUACUGUAUGUACUGUAUUUUGUUACAGCUUUUGAAUAAUGUUUUGCAAUUCCUGUACAGUUCACUGCUAGUGUGCAACAGUAAAUAUGGACAAAGUGGCAGUUACAGAAACACAACAAAUCAUAUCAUUUUGUAUGCCUUAAAGUGAAUUGUGAAUUAUGCUUUUGUAUUAGCAUUGGGAAUUAAGCUCAGUGCUAAAUAUAAUCCAUGGUAUUUCCUGCAGUAUUUCAUUAUAAACCAGGAAUGAAGAGGAGUAAACUAUCAUACAGUAGCUAAGAGAAAGCAACACUGUUGUGAGAUUUAAGUACAGUCCUUUAUCAACCAUAUCUUUCAGAACUGUUGUGAACGAUGAGAAUGAUAACAAAUAUGUAAUAGAAGUUAUGGUUUCAAGAAUGGGGAAAGUCAUUUUAUUUGAUAUAUAAUAUAGGUUAAAUGCUUAGAAUCAGCAAAUUAUCUUCAGAAUUCUAGGAGAGUAAGAAUAGGUGAUAUAUUUAUCACCCCGAGUCCCAAUAUUCCUCACUAUUCACAAGCAGAUGGUUGUAUGCUUUUUAAAAAUACAUGAUAUUGAUGAAGAGGUCCUCCCAUGAGAUUAAGGCUGUUCAAUAUGGUCUCCUCUCCUUUAAAGCUCUGCAGGUUUAAAGAAUGUGUUUUUCCUGAUGAAUCAACUUUGGGUACAUAUUUACAUACUGUAGCACGCAUUGAUGUCUCUGAACACAAAAUGUUUUAUGCUCAGAAGAUGUAAGAGCCUCCAAUGAAGAGUUAUUCUCUAUUGUUUUUCCAUGAAAAUAUUCUUAUAUUUGUAAUUAUUUCUUUUAGAAAAUUAAAAAAUACAGCAUAUAUUGUUCAUUUUUACCUGUAGUGAGAAAUACUGUAUACAGUAUAAAUGAUUGCUGAAAUUAGGUCAUGUUUAAUUUGUGGAUUGUUUUUACUUUCAAUUGCUAGUUUGUAAUAAUGCUACCAUUAUCCUAAAUGUCCCACACCCAUCCCACUUGAAAUCUUUUUAUUACGGUAGUUUUGACAUUACAUACAGUACAAUGAUGUGAGUUGAUCAGGCAAAAUUCAACAUGUGCUCUGACAUUCUGCUUAGUCCUACAAAGGAAGAAAAUAGGGGAAAUCAUACCUGAGGAUCUAGAAGUGAUAAUUUCCACAAUACAAUCAGCAGACAUAACAUAUUUAGCAAUUUCGUUUUAGUCGACUAAUGCUUAUUAAAUUGUCUAGGAAUGUUUUCCUCAAGACUUACACAGCUAAUUUUUUACCUUAGAAUUUAUUACUGAAAGUGCAGAACGUAUUCAAUUAACUGCUUUUGAUUGUUAUUUGUAAAACAAAAUAGAAUAAAUCAUAAACUUUUAAAUGA